AUGGCAACUUGGGGGGCUUACUUUUCCUCCUAUGUCAAAAAGAAUCCUGGAACCACGGCCACAGACAAAGAGAAUGAACCAACAAUUUCUCCCAUCGUACCAUUGAAUGCCAACACCGAUGUAAAAACUACUGAGCCCUUAAUCCUCGAGGAGGAUAAGCCAAUACCAAACCCAGGCAAGGAUGUGGAAAAACGUUUCGAUGAGAAAUUGGGGAGUGUAGGGAAUUUGGGGAUGGGUACAGCUUCAGUGACGAGAAUGCCAACAUUAAGAUCGAACAGUAGGGGUGCAAGGAUGGCAAAAAUGUUUGGUUACGGUACGGCGAAGGAAGAGAAGGUUGAAGAAAAAAUUGUGGAGGAUAAAGGAGAGGCGGGGAUAUCUGUCGUUGAAGUGAAGGAAAUAAAGGCUCAAGUGGCACCCGAGAUGAGCAAAAUUGAGAAGUUGAUGGCGGAGAGGAAAGCUGCUGCGAUCGGGUCGAGAACUUCUUCAUUGAAAAAUACUCGACGAACCCCAUCACCUGAGCCUGUACAAAUAAAACAGUCUCCGGAGCAAAUAGAAGUUACUUCGCCAGCGCAACCACCUCAGUUAUUAGACCCACUUCAGACGGUACAAUCUGAGCAACCUGAGCCUGUACGAAAAGAGCAACCUCUGGAGCCACUUCAAGCUAUUUCACCAGCACAACCACCUCAAUUAUUGGACCCUGAUCUGAGUGUACAAUCCGAGCUACCUGAAUUUGUGCAAACGAAGCAACCUUUGGAGCAGCUCCAAGUUAUUUCGUCAGCACAACCGCUUCAAUCAUUGGACGCUGAUCUGACUGUACAAUCUGAACCCCCUGAGUCAGCAAAACUCUCAAAACCAGCCGAAUCAAUCAGCACAGAGUACCCCCGACGAUCAGUAUCCGAAAAAUCAAAGUCAAUCAUUCCAGAUACACCUACUUCAGCACGCUUGUCAUUCAGAGGAAUAAAGUCCUCAACAAAACGAGCUUCCACACGAAGUAGUACCAAAGCCUCAAUAUCUGCAUUAGAUGAUCUUAUGGCUGGAUUCGGUGAGGAUUUUGCUAACAUUCCUGUCACUUCAAAGCCUCUUGACAAUGAGAAGGGAAUGGAAAAGACCUCAAUGGGAAAACCAAGGAAUCAGCGAAAACAGAAGGCUUCAAUUUCAGCACUAGAUGAUAUUAUGGCUGGAUUGUACUCUAUGGAUACUAAGGCAGAAACUACAACUGCAUCAAAACCGAAGGAGAUCCGCAAAGUCGAUGUUAGAAAAUCUGGGAUAUCUAUAACGACUGAAAUAUCUGAGGCUAUCCCGAAAGUUCUUGAUCUGCCUGUCGAAACUCCUGGAGAAGCGUCCGAAGCAACGCCUGAAGCAACACCUGAAAUCUCAAAAGAGAUAUCGCAGACUCCGAAAUCGACAAAAAAGAUCCCAAGAGCGAUGUCAAGAUUUCCAAUAGUAGUCUCGGAAAUUAUCAAAACAACCUCGAAUCUUCCAGCACCCAUAGCGACAACAGAUCCAAUUCCUCCCACCAUAAUAGAUCAGCUUACUUUGCUUCCAUCAAAGACCCAGGCAGUCACUCAAACGGUUACAACAAUCCCCCGUUCACCAAUAAUAAAUGGACAAUUAAGUCCUAUCCCAACACAAUUUCGUCUUCGUCCCAAACGCUCCUUUAAAGAUAUGGUAAAACUGGCCACAUCACCUCGUUUUGCACAAGUUGCCGAACAAGCUAUUGAAGCUGAAGCUGAACGAAAGUUACUUCAAUAUGAAAGGCAAGCUGAGCAGAUGUUGCUUGAGAAAGAAGAGAUGGAAGAGAAGAGAAUGAGUAUGGAGGAGAGUUUUAGGAAGAUGCAGGAAGAGGAUGAGAGGAUUGCUAGGGAGGCCGAUGAGAUGAAGGCUUUUUAUGAGGAGCAGGAGAGGAUAAGAUUUGAGAUGGAGGCUGAAGAGGAGAGGGUAAGGAUGGAAAUGGAGGCUGAAGAGGAGAGGGCAAGGGAGGAGAAAAAGGCUGCGGAGGAAAGGUUAGGGUUGGAAAGAGAAGCUGAAGAGGAAAGAUUAAGGUCGGAAAGAGAGGAAGCUAAUAGGCAGGUAAGAAUUAAGAGGGAGAAAAGAGAGGCAGAAGAGCGAGAAGCAUUAGAAGAAGCUGAGAGAUUGACGGCACAAAUCAAAGCAUUUGAGAGAGAACAACAAAUGGCAGCUCAAGAGGCAGCUAGGAAGUUGAAAGAAGAGCAAAGAUUAGAGGAAAUGGAAAGACAAGCCGCAGCUAAGAGAUAUGAAGAAGAAGAGAGACUUGCAGCGAUUGAGAGGCAAGCAGAAUUGGAGAGAUUGGAGGAAGAGGAACGUUUAGCAGCUGAAGAAGCAGCAAGGCGAUAUGAAGAGGAAGAAAGAUUAGCAGAAGAGGAGCGACUAGAAGAAGAAGAAAGAUUAGCAUACGAAGAACAAUUACGCGAAGAAGAGUUCGAAGAACAACAACGCCAGGAAGAAGAAAGAAUUUACGCCGAACAAGCUCGACAACGUGAUGAAAAGAGAGAAAGGGAAGCUCGAGAAAGAAUGGAAAGAAUGGAAGCUCAAAUGCGAGAAGAAGAAAGAUUAAGAGCUGAAAGAGAUGAACAGGAAAGAUUACAAAUGGAAGAAGAGGAGGAAGAAAGAAGAGCCUAUGAAGAACGUGUAGAAAGACAACGUCAAAGAGAUGAACGGGAAAUGGAAAUGCUAAGGAGAAGAGAAGAACAGGAACAAAUUUCCCAACAGCAACGAUUUGAAGCACAGCGAGAAAUGGAAAGAAUUGAUAGGAUGGAGCGUCAAGAGAGAGAAGUUAUGAGAAUGCAACAACAGCGUCAACAGGAGGAAAUGGAUAAAGAAAGAGAAGAGGCUAUUAGAUUCCAGCGUCAACAACAAGCGGAGGAUUUCUUAAUGAGAGAUGAGGAUGAGGAUGGUUUUGAGGAUGAGAGACCGUUGACUGUGCAAGAACAGAUGGCGAAAGCGGAGGAGAAGAUUAGAAUGGCGUUUGCGGGGAUGGCGGCGCAGAAAGCGGGGGUGCAGGGGAUGGGCAUGGGAGAGAGGGAGAGGAUGGGUAUGGGAAUGGAAACACAAUUUAUGCAGCCUUCUAGACCAUUGGGUCCUAGACCUUCGGUUAAGGGGGGUUUACCCGGUGGUCCGAGGAGUGGGGGGGUUCCUUGGGCGCCGAGGAUGAAAAGGGUGUAG